AAAAGACUCACCCAAAGCAAAAUGGUAUAAACAAAUUAAGAGUGAAUUUAAUAAUAAACCUUGGUUUAAUACAAUGAACAUGAGCAGAGGAAACCUAAUAAACAUCAUUAGGCUACGGUUGGGUCAUGCAAAUGUUAACCUUAAUCUCUAUAAAAUGAAACAAUAUUUCACCCCCAUGUGUCUAAAAUGCUCCUUAGGACAAACAGAAACCAUAGAACACUUCAUAUUCAAAUGCCCCAGUAAUUAUUAUAUAAGACAACAAUGUUUUAAGAAAAUCAGUAGACUAAUUGUUAGUGAUAAUGUAACAUUAAGUAGCAUUCUGGUUCAAGAAGAUAUAGAGUUAUAUAAGGAAAUAAACCAAUUCAUUUCAUUGUGUAAAAGAAAUUUAUAACAUCACUCACACACACUAGGAAAAAUUAAGUGUCUCCUGGUCAUGGGCUCUGUCUACCGCGGUCCAAACCUUUUCGGGAUAGACUAGGCCUGAUGGACCCCUGGCAAGAAGAUCAUCCUAAAACCCAACCAUCCAAGUUUAAUCCUUCUCUCAAUAGAAUGUCCUUAAAUCUUUUACUAAUAAACACGGUUAGACACACAUAUUGUAAAUAACCUGUUGUAAUUAAAAUCAUUUUAAGAAAAUCUAAAUUCACAGGAAAGGACCUAAUUUAAACUAACAUCUAAUUAAUAAAUUGUUAAACAUAAAUGUUAUUAUCACUCUAUUGCAUGCUAUCAAUGUCUAUGUGUAUUUAUAAUUCAAGGCAAUCACAACUAAAAAGAGUUAAGGGUUCAAAGAGGCUUUUUGGUUUUCAAACCUAGCCUAUGCCAAGUGGCAUCAACAAGAAUUAAAAAAAAAAAAAUUAUUAAACAUAAGGGUAAGUGAUGAGACUCAGUGUUCGACUGAAAUACAUGAAAUAAAUAACUUAGGCCUUUAUAUUUCCCUAGGCUUCAUGGACUUGGUGGAUAAAUAUUGCUUUCGACAUGGGAGAUUACCAGCCUUUGAGAUCAGAUGACGCUCACACCAACAACCAUGUACCUGUCCACAAUAAGCCCACUGUCUACUAUUCGAAGCCCAUGUCUCCUCUACGAAAGCUGGCCUUCGGCUGUUCCAUUUUGUUGUGCUUCAUUACCAUUGUGGUGUUCUUGUGGGUUGUACCGUGCGACUGGUCCAAGUGUCCAGCUAAAACUCAACGCCAACCAAUUAUGUCUUGGGAUCGCUCUGUGGAAGGAAUGGAAAUAAUGGGACCUUUGAAGGUGGUACGAGGCUUGCAAGGACUAAAUAUAGUAGCUAUGUACCGAGGACCUAUGCUGGCGUAUGAUGGAGCAAGGGAUCAGUUCCUUCCAAAGGCAGGAGGUUUGAUAUCGUUUAUUGGAGCGAGUGGACUUAUAGCCUGGUUCAGAAAACUGCCUUUACUGACUCAUCUGGACUGUUUUAUGCUUCACAUUGGCGAUGAGUCCAUGCAAGAUUGUUUAGUGAGGGGAGAGCACGGCUAUCUGGCACUGAUUGACUCUCUUUCAGGUAUUGCAAAAUGGAGGGCACAAAAAACCAUUGGAGAUCAGCUACUUGUGGACGUGUCAUUUCCCGUGGUGACGCCUGAUGUGGAUGGAGAUUGGUAUCACGACUUAGCAGUUACUGGCCGUCUGGAGAACAGGAACCAUCGCAUCAUUGCUAUUAUUUCUGGCCAAACUGGGUAUAUCAUGGGGAAGCCAAUGGAGGUGGAAGGUUGUACUGAUAUCAACAACCUCACUCUGGACAGAGACUACACAUUGUACUACACAUGCAAGAACAGCACUAGCAAAUUGUUCAGCGAGCGUCAGGUGGCUUUGGUGAAUGCGGUGCAGAUGAUGACAAACCGCUCAGUGGUUCCACACGGAACUGUACCGGUGACAACACGGCACCUUGGCAAUGAGUGGAGUGUCAACGGCUACAGACUCAACCUGGUCAACUCCGGCCACUCACCCUCUGACUAUCAGGUGAGUGUAACAGUGACUGACCACAACAACCAGAGUGUGUGGAGUCCGACCAUGCAACAAACCUACGCUAUGACACCCGUCGUCCUUCACUUCCAGCAGGCCAUCUCAGGCUUCCUGCUCAAGUUCUGGUAUUGGCAUGCACCCCAUGAUCAGAAGAAGGACAAGGAGGGAAACAUAAUGAAUAGCCUGAGUGAACGUGUGGUUUUGGUUACGUUCAAUGCCACCGGGAGCACUCACAUCGUUAAUGCCAGUCAGACCGACAUUGUGCAGCUCUGCUCCAAUCGAACUUGCCAACCCGAGCUGUCCAGCCAAACUGAGUCUUUGUUGAUAGUGGACCUGGAUGAGGAUGGUUCUCAGGAACUGAUCUCUUACCUCGUGACAUUUCAACCUCGGGAAAAGUCUGCUCCUGCCCUACCUUUAUGGAAGCUACAGACCAAGUUGAGGCUGAUACGGCUGGAAUCCGAACUCCCCAAACUGUACGAAGCCAUUCAACGCCACUAAGAGACACAUCCGUUCUCUACCCUUGCUGGUUUCAAGAUUCAAAUCCCUUUAUUUUUGUAUGUGAUAUUUUUAAACUAAUUUUUAAAUGUAUGUAAUUUGGAUAUGUCAUAACUUAGACAAUACCUACUUACUGUUAAAUUUACUUAAUAUAUUUUUUUUACCUUAAAGGGCUGUUUUUGGAUUGAUAUUAUUUGUGAUAUUAGGUUUUUACGUGAUAUUACAGUCUUCUAUAGAAAUAUUGAAUAUUUUUAAAAGAUUGAGGUGAAUUAUAUAUAAAAUAUCUAUAAUUUUAAGGUAUAUAAUUCUUAAGAAAAUAAUUGUAAAACCAUACAAUGACUUGUGUUUGUAGUAUUUUUACGUUUAUAUGGACAGAUAAAAUGGAUAAUAAUACACAACAAUUGUGCAAUAUUAAGUUGUAGUAAGAAGUAAUAAUAUUUUCAAGAUAAGAUCAUUUUACUUUUUAAAAAGGAGUUCGUAACAUCACUGAACAUGUUUUGAAUUUGAUUUAAUAAAGUAAACUUAUAAAUAAUGUUCACAGAGAAAUUAAGUACUUUUUAGUAAGCUUUUUUUAUUUAGACUUGUGGGUUGUUGGUUUAACCAAAAUGUAUGUAUUAAGAAAAACCAUUUUUUUAAAGCAUACAACUCAUUCUGAAUUUAUUGGUUGAGAAACCGACUUUCAAAAUUCUGUUUUUAGUCAAUUAAAUGUAUGACAGUUUACUUUAACAGAGACAACUAAAAAUCCAAGUUUUAUGUACUACAAUUUUUGUUGUUGUAAAAAUGCAUGUUUAUUAACAUUAAACUAAUUCUUUAUAUUUAACACAAUAUUUUAUACUUUUUUGCUAUAUAGCUAGCUGAUUAGGAAACUUAUGUCAUGUUCACUCAGAUUUUUAGUUUUUUUUUACAGAAAACCAUUUUAAGGACACAUUUAAAAUUUGAGAUAAUCUUGUUAAGUGUAAAAAUUCAAUAUUAUAUUGGAGUUGUUAUAUGAAAAAAGUGCUUUUUCUUGAAGUGGUUACUGACUACUAGCUUGACAGUGUCAGUUGUUUAUGUAGUUCUGUAAAGUUGUAGUUUCUUGAUAAAAAUAUUAUAUUAAUUACGUACAAAUGUUCCAAGGUAAGAUUCAUGUGCAAAGAAACAAUUAUUUGUUGGGGGUAUUACCGCUUAAAACACUACUUUCUUAAGAGACACUUCACUAGUGACUGUAAUCCGUCAGCCAUGUAGGAUUUCUUGUUGUUCAGUAGAAGUUUCUUGUUCAAUCCAUCUGAUUACGUCUUCUGGUUCUAGUACAUUGGAAUACUGAAGUAAGAGCAGUACUGCCUCAGCACAACCUCUCUUACAAGCUUGCUCCAUAGCAUGUGGCAUUCUACCGUGAGGUUCAUCAGGAUCAGCUCCAUGUUGCAACAACAACAUCCUUAUACAUCUCACAGCAGUGCUCACAUUAUAAUAAUUCAUAGCAGCUAAGCAGGCGCAUAUCGGAUCGGUGUAGCUGAUUAAACUAACUUUACUUACCACUUUUAAGGGACUUCCAUGAUUAAUCAAUGCUAAUAAGAAUUCUAGGGUCUUUUCACCAAAAUUGUACAUCUGCAUCUCAAGCAAAUACGAUAUGGGUGUAAGCAAUGUCAAGCCUUUCUUUCCCCAGUCCUCGUCACGAAUCUCAGGGCAUUGUAGAACAGCUGGAUCAAAAUUUGAUUUCAAUACCUUAACUAAAAACGAUAAAUCUUCCGUGUCAAUAGCAAGACAUAUCAAACUAUCAAUUGUUUUUAUUUUGGAUAUAACUUCAAAAUCUCUAUCCUCAUCGAAUGUGCAGUACUUCAAAAUAAAUUUAUCACUGGUUACCCUGUGUAGUGCAUUAAAUAUAUCAAAAUCUACACAGGAAGUACAUGCAUGAUGAAGAGGUGUAUAAUUGAUAUUAUCUGCAACAUUAGCAUUUGCCCCUUGUGAUAAUAACGCUUCAACAACUGAUAAGUUAUGAGAUUGAACAGCCAACAUUAGAGGAGUACGUCCAUCCUUAUUGCGAAAAUUGAUCAAAUCACGUUGUGUAGAGGAGGUAAAUAAUAGGGUCAAAGUUUUUAAAAGACCACUUUGGCAUGCAAAAUGAAAAGGAAGUUUCCUUCGUCUUCUAAAACAUCAGGAUUAGCAUUGUGCCUCAGAAGAAAAUGACAAAUUUCAUGUAUCAUUUCAUCUUGUUGCACUCGAACCCCUCUUCUAGAGGUGGGAUAAAGAACUGCUUCAUGAAGAGCUGUAUAACCUUUGUAAUCCUGAGCAUUUACUUGCGCUCCAAAUUCCACAAGAAGUUGCACAAUUUUGAAGUUUCCUUUACUACAAGCCACAUUCAGAGGACGAACUUCUUCAAUGUUGGCAAGGUUCACAUCGCACUUUGACUGUUUCAACAACAGAUUCACAGCAUUCAGACAACCAUUCUCGCACGCAAGAAAUAGUGGAGUGUUUCCUAGAAACGUUUGUGAGUUUACAUCAGCAGGAUACCAUUCAACACCUUGUUUGUCCAUUUGCAAAAACCGGUGCAGUUGUAGCCAUGCUACACUUCUUUAACCAGUAAUUUGAUAACAGCUUCAUACACUUUUCUAUGAAGCAGUCUCAUUAAACUCUAUCAAAAGCCAGCUUUUUUGGGAGUUCAUCCAUUAUCAGAUUUAUAGUAACUUAAUUCUACCAAAUUCCAGGCUUGGUGAUUUCUCUUCAUUUGAAUCUUAAAGGUUUUACUCUUAUAAAAGCUUGAAUCUGAUGGUUCACUCCCACUUUUUUUACUCAUUAUUAAUAGGCUUAAUUUAAUUUAAAUAUAAAAUAAAAUAAUAAACUACAACUAAUUAAAUACAGCACAGCUCCAAACAGUACACAAAAAUGCCUUGAUAAAAAAAGCGUUUACCAAACACUUUCAGGAUAAAAUAAGCAUUUUCCCUACUCCAUAUAAUAAAAAAAACAAACAUUUAAUUUUGACCCAGUCCUGCCAACUUCAAAUAUUUGUUAAACAAGCACUAAGAAAAGAGAAACUUCUAUUGUCUUGUUGUCUAGGCUUUACAUUUAAGUUUUCUUUUUGAUGGUGAUUAUAACAAAAUGAGACAUUUUUUAUCCUUUUUGACUUAAGAAACAGAAAUAAAUCACUGAGCUACAGCAUGUAACUGUGUCAAUUUUUCUUCAACUUAUGAAUAUUUAAAUAACUACAAUUUCAAACAUCUUGACUUUCCUGUGUAUCUAUUAAUGUUUACAUGCUGUAAUUAUUAUGCAAACUUUAUUUAAAAAUAUAUAAAUGUAAAACAUACUCACAGAUAAGAGUCAUCGAAAGGUUAGAACUUUUAAUUUUGUACGUUUUUGCUUCAUAGCAAAAUUUAUAACCUUUUAGUAAGUUUUCUUAAAUAUGAUUUUAUAGUGAGAUAUACUUAUCUUACUCAUAUUUAAAAAUUAGUACAGUUUGAUGUGGUUCAGAUUGCUGUGAUCAGCAAAGGAUUGUUAGUAUUUGUUUUAGAUUUAACUAUUAUAAUUAGGAUAUGAAUAAUUUAUUAUUGUUAUGUUUGUUGUUUAUUUAUUAUGAAUGUCGAUUUUAGUAAUCAUAAUGAUUAGAUGUUAAGAAUAUUUUUGAUGAGUUGCUUAGUUUAUAACUAAAAUGAGUAUUUUAAUUUUUCAAAUUAAACUUUAUAACAAACUUAUCAAUUUCUUUGGGAUUGAGACUACAGAUGAGAAUUUAAAACCUUGCCAUGUACGUAUAUUUGUACCCUGCUCUCUUGUAUUGGAUUGUAAAGUAAGGUUAUUGAAUUGGUUAAGAAUGUUUUAAAUAUAUGUGGAGAAAUGGAUGAAAAAGCUUAAAACAUGUUGCCUGUAUGCUUCUCAACAGUAUACUGAUAAAUGGUGCUUUGAUGUGAUGUUCCGAUCUUUUUGUGGUUUUUCGCUUUAAGUGGAACAGCUGUGUAAGAACAAACAGUCCGAGAAGUCCAAUAGUUAUUGGGGCCGCUUUACUUGCUCUAAUAAAUAGAAUAGUUAUAAGUUGUAACUAAUUCUUAUUUUUAAUAAGUUAAUUUAAAAUACUUUUUUGUAUCUUUGUUUUAGUUCAGUGUAAAAUAGACUGUAAGAUCACCACAUGACAAAAAUACCAAGCUGUAAAAAGUUAACACGUAAUAAAUUAUACAUCAUACUACGUACAGUAGAAACAUCUAAUGGUGAACUUUUGAAAAACCACAGUGAUAUUUGGAGCGUUGUUUAAAAAAAAUUUAUAUAAUGCAUUUGUAAGUGUUAGAAAAUUGCUUAAAUGGACAUAACAAGAA